AGCGUCACAUUCACCCGGAAGCAGUUUCACGUCACAGGUCGCGCACAUUGUUUCUGCGCGGCACCGCGCGGUUCACGUUGUAAUGAAUGAAAAUCAAGUCCAAUAAGUUUUCUAGCAUCGCAACAACAACGAGCCAUCGACCGACUGCGACGUGUGUUUGUGUGUGAGGCGUAAAUAUCACAGUCUUUUUCCAGUUCAUAGACUGUAACAGAGAUGGCUGGGAUUCUGUUUGAGGACAUCUUUGACGUAAAAGACAUCGACCCAGAUGGCAAGAAGUUUGACAGAGUGUCUCGUCUUCAUUGUGAAAGUGAAUCCUUCAAGAUGGACCUCAUCUUGGAUGUGAACAUUCAGAUCUAUCCUGUUGAUCUUGGUGAUAAGUUCCGACUGGUUAUUGCCAGUACAUUAUAUGAAGAUGGAACCCCAGAUGAUGGCGAGUAUAAUCCUCAGGAUGACCGGCCGUCCAGAGCGGACCAGUUUGAUUAUGUGAUGUACGGGAAGGUUUACAAGAUUGAAGGCGACGAGACCUCAACAGAAGCAGCAACACGUCUAUCGGCCUACGUGUCGUACGGUGGCCUUCUCAUGAGGCUGCAGGGAGAUGCCAACAACCUUCACGGCUUUGAGGUGGACUCCAGGGUUUACCUGCUCAUGAAGAAACUGGCCUUCUAAAACCCAACUCUUCUCACCCACUUAACCCCCGGUCCUCCCACCACCACAGUCAACCUUAAAGUCUGAGCUGCAGACUGAAAACAUUAAUAGUCCUGAGUCUGAAGCACACGGCCGUCUCCGAGAGGAGGUCGCCGACAGAACACAUGGAGGCUCUAGAAAAUGUUUUUUUAUUCUCAUAGAUAAGAAAUGUUUCCUCCAAGGAGAUGGAUGACAGACUAAAGACUGUGACACUUAAAGAGUAAUGCAACCUCCAUCUGCUGGCAACUUGUAAAUAAAGAUUUCUUUUAUACAAAGUGA